GGGAUAACGGCAAACUACCGUUGUCCCUGGUGGAAUGACACUCGGGAAUGAAGCAAGUGAAAGAUUGUGCCGUAGUGGUUGUCUAAGAAAAAAGGUUAGUAAUCUCUGAGCCUCUAUAAAUGUAAGGAAGGAACCUUAAUAGAUGUCACCAAAACUCCUAGACUGAAUCCUUGGGUUUAUGUUUCUAGAUGGACGGUGCCGCAGGACGUCGCGACAACGUCGACGAUGGGAGGAACGACAUUCAAGAAUUGGCACGGGUCAUCCGGCACUCGCAGCGAGAACCCUACCCCAAGAUUGAUGUUCCAUUGUUUGAUGGGAAUCAUGCCUCUUCUUGGGCAGACAAGUUUGAGCAACUCGGGUAUAGCAACGAAUGGACGRAUGAGAAGAUGCUUCGCAUGGUUAAGAGGUUCUGUCAAGUGGAGUACCGAGAUGAGAUCGAUGAGCUGGUGCGAAUCUCCCGUAAUUGGCCAGAUUUUAAGGCGCGGUUGCUGGAGAAGUACCAGCUCAGCGAUCGGUUACUCGACCUGCGAGAUUUGAGGGCGGUGGAUCGUAAGAAGUUUGGUACUACCAAACAACUUUUAUCGGAGUUUGAGCGUGUGGCUCGCCUAAUCCCGGAUUUAUCCGAUAAAGAUCGCUACCUCAUCUUCCUUGAUAACUUCAACGACGUCGAACAAUCGAAGUUGGUUGAAGGGAUGCAAGGGAGGUAUGACUGGACUAAGGUCCGGCAAAAUGCGCUGAUGGGGAAAUUCGACGAUAUCCUCUACCGGUUGUUGAGGCAACAAAAGGUGGAACGGGAGAAGGUGAAGCUGGGAGAGGUAAAGGACGGUGAGAUCUAUAAAACUUUGACCUGCAUUAGAGAAAUGGUGGAAGGCUUGAAAGAGGAAAGGCUGAAGUUUCAAGUCAUGAUGGCCAAAGAGAAAAUUAGUAAGAGGAAGGGGAAAGAGCCGGUGGUAGAGAAAAGUGACAGUGAGAGCGAGGAGGAAAAUGAGCCGCCUCGUAAGUUGACAAAGGCGGAGAGGAAGGUCUUGAAUCAAAUUCGAGGUGGACAGGGGACCUCCCGUAAGCAGGGGAAGAAUGGCGGACAAAAUAAUCAAGGAGGGAAUGGCGGUGCUGGCGGUGGUUCGUCUGAACAAAAUUCGCAGGAUCAAGGAAAGUUUCAGCCGGAGGGUGGAAGAGGCCGCGGUUGAGGCCGUGGGAACGGACAGGGAAGCCGUUGGGUGUGGCAGCAGGAAGCCACAUGUAACUAUUGCACAGAAAAG